UAAAUUGCUCUUUUUUAAAUUGUACAGUAGAAAUGUGUAAAAGUCGGAUGCUUUAAAAAUUAUUAAACUCCAUAGGAGCCGCCCACGAGUUUCGUUCACAGUAUAAAUUGAAUAUAUUCAACAAGGUUUUUUAACCCAUAAAUAAACACUGCAGAUGAGCAGAUGUAAUCAUGGACGUACAGCAAAUUCAAUCUGCCAUUGAUACUAAUUAGAGCUGAAAAAAGGCACAACAGAUGAAUUUCACUUACCUACUGUUCUCUCACCUCCAGCUGUAAUGGCCGCCACCUUUAUCUUCUCUCUCCCUCCAAACCCUACGAAUUUACCAUCCGACCCCUCUUCUUCCUCCUCUCUACUCCCCUUUUCUGCUUAUAGAUAUGGGUAUAUUUAUAGGGUGAAACCGGUUUCCGCUUUUCAUUUCAGAGCACCCAAGAUCACCUGCUGCCUAUCCAUAAAACAGACGAAUGAUAACUCCGCAACCAUUCAAAACGACAGCCUUGAUGGCAUCCGUGUUAUCUUCGCGGCAGGUGGCACCGGCGGCCACAUCUACCCGGCGGUGGCCGUCGCCGACGAGCUUAAAUCCAGCAACUCCACCUCUAAAAUCCUCUUCGUCGGUUUACCCAACAGCAUGGAAAGCGCUGCGAUCCCAUCCGCCGGCUACGAUUUCACCGCCAUCCCCGCCGUCCGAUUAGCUCGCCCUUUCAUCUCUCCGGUUAACCUCCUCCUCCCUUUCCACUUGAUCAAAGCCACGAGACAAUGCUGUCAAGUCUUGCGCGAUUUCAAGCCUCACAUCGUGGUGGGUACUGGUGGGUAUGCUUCCUUCUCGGCCUGCUUAGCCGCUGUAUUGUCAGGGAUCAAGGUCGUGAUUCAAGAACAGAACUCAGUUCCGGGUAUAGCGAACUGGGUGCUCUCCUUGUUCGCGGAUGUGAUAUUUGUUGCGUUCAACUCAACGGUUGAUUGUUUCCCGAGAAAAAGUAAGUGCAUGGUGGUGGGAAACCCGGUGAGGCAGUCACUGAAAGGGUAUGUGUCGAAGGCGGUGGCGAGGACCCAUUUCUUCCCUAGGUCAGGGAAGCUCGCCGGCGAUUCAGAGGCCAGAGUAAUAUUAGUCCUUGGUGGCUCAUUGGGUGCCAAUGCAAUCAACAUUGCUCUGCUCAAUCUCUACUCUCAGAUGCUUGCAGAGCACAAAAACUGGUUCAUCAUUUGGCAAACUGGGGUUCAUUCGUUUGAUGAGAUGGAUAGUCUUGUUAGAAAUCAUAAACGUGUGCUUUUGACUCCGUUCUUGCACAACAUGGAUUUGGCAUAUGCGGCUGCCGACCUUAUAGUUUCCAGGGCCGGAGCAUUAACUUGCUAUGAGAUAUUAUCAGCUGGGAAACCUUCUAUUCUGAUACCAUCCCCGAAUGUUGCAGAAGGGCAUCAAUUCAAAAAUGCUUCUUUACUGGCAGAUGUUGCAGGGUCUAAGCUUAUAACUGAAGAUGAACUUGAUUCAAUCACCCUCAAUAGUGCCAUUGAGGAGAUUUUAGGGGAUGAGAAUUUGAUGGCGGAGAUGAGCGAGAGAGCUUUAAAAGCUGCAAAAUGUGAGGCUGCUGCCACCAUCGCAAAUCACAUUAUUUCCAUGAUUGAAGUAUUAUUAAGAGCUUCUUAGGAGAAACAUCAAUCAAUUAAGAAAAGACUCUUACAAAAAAUUUUCUUCUUGUAUAUAAAAUGUGGUUUGCCGAUGACAAAUGAUAUUUUUCUCGAAGGGAUUCUUCUUCUUCUGUACUAUACAUUCAUUUUGUACCGAUAAUUCUUCUGCAAAUUCCUCAAACAGCUAAAGGCUGUUGUUACUCUUC